CCAUAUCGGCCAGAAGUUCAGGCUCUGGGUGGCACACCAACGAAGAUUGUCGACAUACCAGUAUGCGCUGUCUUCAUGGUUCUAUACAUUAUCGCCGGUGCCUUGCACAUGGGAACUUUCACAAAGAACAAGAAGGUUGGAAAGAAGUUUAUCUUCGGUGGAAUGAUGUUUGGUCUUUGCAAGAUCCGCAUCGUAACACUAAGUCUUCGGAUGGCAUGGGCAUGCUACCCUCGCAACAUCAAGCUGGGCAUCGCCGCCCAGGUCUUUGUUAACAUUGGUGUUGUCCUGCUGUACUUUGUCAACCUCUUCUUCACACAACGCAUUGUCAGAGCCCAACAUCCCAACUUUGGCUGGAGCAAGUUCUUCUCGCCACUGAUCCCCAUGGUGUGCGCCAUCACUGUCUUGACAAUCAUUGCUCUGAUCGUUGGCGUAAUUCAAUCAUUCUACACCCUCGACACCAACAUCCAUCGCAUCGACCGGAUCAUCGAACUAUACGGAUCAACAGCGUUCUCUGUUAUUGCUUUCAUCCCUAUCCUCAUCGUCACUUUAUCAACACUCUUGCGACUGAUCCCAGGCGUUCGCGGUCAGAAAGCACUCGACAAGUUCGGUUCCGGCAAGAUGAGCACAAAGAUUAUCAUUGUACUGGCCAGCUCAGCCCUUCUAACCCUUGCCGCGUCGCUAAAGGCCGGCACUGGUUACCUGCCGUCCAUUCCUCUUGUGAACGAUAACAAUCCACCAACACCCGAACCGACUCCCUGGUACUUCAACCGCGGCAUCUUCUACGGCUUUGGCUUUGGAGUGGAGGUCAUCAUCUUGUUCUUCUUCAUGGCUGUAAGAGUAGACAAGCGCUUCAUCAUCCCCGACGGCGCCAAGGGACCUUACAGUUAC